GCGGCAGAGAAGAACGUUGACCAAGUGAAUGUGAAUGUGAUUGUGGCAAAGGCAGUGGUCAACUGGAGCAAAUAUGGAGAGACAAGGAUAUAAAUCAAAUUUAGCCAUUUUCACUCGCCCGCGCAGUGAACGUAUUUAAAUCAGUGCGGGCCGUUAAGGACAUACCAGCUACACGGUAGUUACACAUACCACAACAUUAAGCACAUAUCAGGAAAGGCAGAAUGUCCAGCCAUUCGGGCACGAUUGGCCGCAAACGUGGCGGCAGUGCUAGCGAGUACUACUUUGGUGGUGGCGGCGACCAGAUGCGGCGACAGCGCUCGGCCGAGUGGCACAGUCACCACGGCUACAGCAGCAGCGAGGAUGAGUACCAGAAUACUGUUCAGUCGUCGGCCUUCGAUACGCAACUGCUGGCGCAGCUGCUGUUGCAGAGUCAGCAAUUGGCAAGCUUGGAUCGCUAUGGCUCUGACUGUGAAAACCCAGAUAAUCCUACAUCACUGCUCACUGAAUAUCCGAACGCGUUGCGAGACCACAGCUCCAGCUUAGCGUUCCAACUGCAAAUGCAGCAACAGAACACCGGGCUAAGCUCACCCAUGAAACAACAGACUACGCUCGCUGCCGCAGUGGCAGCAGCGCAAAUUACUGCCACUAAUAAAUAUCAGGCGAAUCAGCUGCCAACGAGCACGGCUCUCCUGCCAAACAGCGCCAAUACAACGCGCAGUACAAAUCCAUUUCUUAACGCCAAAUACGACUCUCAGUCCAACUCGGACUCAAUGAGCGACCGACUAUCCUACUCCGGUAGUGCAGCAAUGCUGGAUCGUUUGCAAGCCGUCGUGGAGGGCGCCACCGCACUGCCUAUUAGUGGUAGUGGUACUGCCGGCUUGAGUGCGCUUAACUCCUCCCUUUUAUUGCCCACCAGCUCAACUGCCAGCAGUCUCAAUCCGAGUGUUAGAGAUAGCGCAAGUAGUGGCACAGCGCGUGCCCAUCGCACGAAAAGUGGACGCUCAAUAAAUCGCGCUGCCACUGGGAAUGGUAGUGGCAGCGGUGUCAUAGCGGGUAUGACUUCCUCAAGUAGCGGUGCCUCUUCAAACAGUAAUGCCACCUCCGCGGCUGGUGCUAUUGCGGCCGCAGUUACCAGUCGCAGCGAGCGAGAAAAACUCAAAUUGCAACAAAUUCAAAAAGAACUACUUGAGUACGCGCAUUCCACAGCAGAAAGCUCUAUUGGCUUGGAUUUAGACGAAUUUGUAACAUCCGGUGGUGAGUCCGAGCCACCGCCAGAACCAGCGCCACCGGAAAUUCCACCACGCACACAAUCGCUCUUGAUGUCGCUGCGAAAGCCUUCGGACUAUAAGCUCAAGUACGAAGAUAAAGGCGACCAAAAGCACGAGGAGUUCAUACCGACCAGCCAUUUGCAGCAGCAGCAACAGCAGCCAAUACAAAAGGACUUUUUGAUUACCGACAAUUCGCGAUCCAGUGAAAACCAAUCGAAAGCGAGCGACACACAGAGUCAAGCUGGAUGUGUAUGCCGCCUCAAUGCAAAGGAGUGGAGCUCAUCGCUGCAACACAGAAAGGCAACGAUUAAACGAAAAUCUACCGGCAAAGCCACGCAUGCCGCCAGCCGAAAGACAGGCCAACAAGCACCGCAGUGCAAUCGUAAAUUUUGCGCAAAACCAAAGACAGCAACAGCAGCACAGACAGGCAGUAGCGGCAGCAUCAGAAGCGUCAAGCAAAAUGUAGUCAAUCGCAAAGUGAAGCGGCGACAGAAGUGUAACUGA